CUACAAUUUGACAGUUGGCAAUGACAUAUUAUACUACCAAAUUUGAACAAUCAAUAUCCAAAUGUCUUUGCAUAUAACGUUGUGAAUUUUAAAAUUAUUAACUUAAUAGUCGCAUGAAAAGUUACAAUAGAUAUAUUGGAGUACAAAAAUUAAGAUAAAUUCAAGAAAAUGAGACGUUCAAGAAAACACAGAAUAAAAGAGGAGCGUCCUGAGACUUCCGCAUCUAUUCCCGAUAUACAAGAUCGUGAUUUAACGUAUUACAUUCACGAUAGAGUGGAAUUAAUGCAUCAAGUAUUUUCGGUGCUUAAAGCUAAAGAAUUGAAAGCCAUGGCGCCGAAUUGUGUUCAGCAUAUAUCAUUAAAUGAUCUACAAGAGUUAUGCACGGAGGAGCUUCUUGGCAUCAGUUCGAAGCGUCUCUGUGCCAUAUUAGACGGAGCUGAUCCACCGAGUGAUACAGAAACAUCCAGCGCUUCAUCUCUGGAAAGAUUUGAGACAAUAUCACUUGAUAGCAUAUCUUCAGAUGAAGAAAUAUUGAGUCAGGGGAGUGGAAAGAAGAAAAAACACAAGCACUGCCGUCACAAAUCCAAGACGAAAAACAAACGUAAAUCGUCAUCAGAGGCAUCUGAUAAUGCGGAGAAGAGCAAGGCAUCUCGUGCUGGACUCACCGUACUGGAAUUGUUGGAGCUGCAAGCUCGAGCGAGAGCAAUACGAGCACAACUACAGCAGGAGCAGACAAUCGAUGUGACAGAGAACAAAGCACCAGAGAAGCAUCUAGUGUCUGAUGAUGAAGUGGAGAUCAAGGAGGAACCCACCGAGGUUGUGGAGAUCAGCAGCGAUGAAGAGAAGCCAAAAAUAGAAGAGUUGCAGAAAGAAAUAACACAACCAUCUAAAAACCUUACUACGAUUAGUAAGGUAUCGAAUAAAGAAACACACACAAUCACGAAAAAGAUAAACGAUUUAAUAAUAACAGUACCACAAACGAAACACACGAGAAAAAUAAAAUUAAAUCGCAGUACAACAGUUGCAAAUAAAGUUAAUACAAAUCAAAUGAAUAAUCAAACAACUGUCAAAGAAAAACAACAAGAAUCAAAGACAAUUGAUAACACUAAUAAGAAUAUAGAAAAAAUACAAAAUACACCUCAAAAUGUAGCCCAAAAAGUAACAAAAGAUAGACAAAAGAAAAAAUCAAAAAGGAAAGGAAAAAACAAAACCAAAGAAGGGAGCGAUCAUGAUGAAAUAACAUUACAAUUGUCAGAUACCGAAAAAAUGGAUUUAUUAGAAAACUUGGACAGAAAGAAUUAUGAUAGUGUAUCAAGUUCUAGCACAGAAGAUUCCGAAACCAGCUCAGAUAGCAGCGGAGAAGAAAAAGAAAAGUCCAUAGAGGAAAGAACACAAAACACAGAAGAAAUCUCGAAAAAUAAAACACCUGAAAUAGUAUUGAAAAAUGAUGAACAAAUUGAUAAAUAUGAUGAAGGAAAAUCAUCAACAAAUAAAGGUCAAGAUUCUCAAAGUGGGAUUAAAUCAAUUACUGAAGAAAUGAAACCGAAUGAAGAAAAAAUUGGUGAAGACGAGAGUAUAAUACAAAACCAGAAUGAUAACAUUCCUGCUCAUACUAUAUGUACAGAAAAUACAAGUAAUUAUACAAUAACUGAAGUCGUAAAGUCUUUAGAUGAGAAAAAUAAACAAGACGAUGACGAUAAACUUGAAAUAAUUGAAAAUACUAUAAAAGAAGCUGGAGAAAAUAUAGAAAAUGCUAAGAUAAAUACAGAAAAAUCUGACGGGGAAAUAUCUGAUCGUGAAAGUUCUGAAGUCGAAGCAUCCGACGUAAGACCCGAAGUGGUUUGCAUAUCCGAUGAAGAGGUAAAAAAUAAAAAGGACCAUAAAAAGAAAAAGAACAAAAAGAAAGAAAAGAAGUCGAAGAAAGAUAAGAAAACGAAAAAUCAGGAUUUUCGUAAUGGCGCCGAUGAAAAUUUCUUUAGAGAAUCCGAAACAAAUAAUACAGUUAAUUCAGUAAAUGCAAUUCCAGAGACAAUCAUUCUACCAGAAAGUUAUGUGGAUGAUGAUGUUUAUGAAAUUCUAGAACUUUCUGAUGAGUCUUCUUGUAAUGGAGAAGAUGGUACUUCAGUAUUAUCCAAGGAACCAACGGCUGAAGAAAUAGAAGCACUCUCAGCUAAAAUAGACGAAAUAGAGAGAGAAAAUGUUGUAACUGACGAAGAAAUAAGGGAACAUGAAAGAAUACAAGCUGCUAAGGAAGUCGCAGAAGCAGAAGGAAUAUCUUGGAAAGAUCGAUACUUGGAUAGCAAGAAAGUUAAAAACGUAUUAACAACAGCAAACAUACUAAACGCCAUGCGAAAGAAGAAUAAAGAACUUAAAAGAAAAUUAGAAGACUCUAAAAAGGAGAUUGUGAAAGUAGUCGAAGAAGUUCCAGAAGAGAUGGAAACGGCAAAGAAUUUAGAAGAAGGUUCUAUCGAACAAUAUAAUACUCUAGAAGCUUCCACAAAAUACGUAGAUCCGGUCAAAGAAAAUGAAGAUCUGCCAAAUGAAAGCAAAGUGACUAAGGAAAUGAAGAAAGAUGCGAAGCAAUUGCUUAAAAUGUAUAAAAAGUUGCUCAAAUACAACGACAUGACGCGACAGAAAGAUCCCAAUAAAAAGAAAAAGAAAAAGCAAAAGAAGAGCAAGGAAGAAAAGAACAAAAUGGAAGAAAUUCAAACGUAA